AUGUCAGGAGUGGGACCUCUCUCGCAGGAUUGGGAACCAGUGGUGCUCCGCAAGAAAGCCCCCACCGCUGCCGCCCGCAAGGAUGAGAAAGCCGUCAACGCUGCUCGCCGCACUGGCGCCGAAAUCGACACCAUCAAAAAAUAUAAUGCUGGAACAAACAAAGCUGCAUCUAGUAGCACUUCUUUGAACACUAAGAGGCUGGAUGAUGAUACAGAGAAUCUUGCUCAUGAUCGUGUACCAACUGAACUCAAGAAAGCCAUAAUGCAGGCCCGGAUGGACAAGAAACUAACUCAGGCUCAGCUUGCUCAAUUGAUCAAUGAGAAGCCUCAAGUGAUCCAGGAGUACGAGUCAGGCAAAGCCAUUCCAAACCAACAGAUAAUUGGCAAGUUGGAGAGAGCCCUUGGUGCCAAACUGCGAGGCAAGAAAUGA